ACAGGCAAAAAAGAUACAGCUUCAACCGGAUCAGAAGCGGCGAAUGAGUCACAGUACACUUCUAAUCUUCAGAGAAGAUGCUUCAUUCGUCUUUAACUUUUCCCAGCGAUUGUGGGCUUUCUUUUUUUUUUGUCAAGUGAAUCGGACCGGUGGGCGGCUCCAAUUCCCGGGACUGAAUUCGAUUACCACACCAGGACUCACAUGGAUUUGAUAAGAUUAUAACAUAUAUUUUCUUAUUUAAAACUCAUUCAUAUAUAUUUUUAUUGACCCGAACACGACUUAUGUAGCCAAAUUGAAGCCGUAAUGAAGUGAUAUGAUGAUCAUGAAUGCUUCUAUAGAUUACAUGUUCCACCAACAGAUCGCCUAUCAAAUACCCGCCUUUACUUAUCAUUCUCGAUCUAUGAAUAUCCCUCAUUACAAUCUAUCAAUCAGGUGAGGCUGCCCCGGGACAUCAGUUUUUUGUGUUCCCCUCGUUGAACUCGCUCCCUUCGACGAUGCAUGGUGGAAUUCGGAUUUACAACGCGACCCUCUGGAUACGGUUGGAGCCCAAAGUCAAGAAUAUCGAAACUCUGUGGGCACCGUUUGGCAAUAAGAAUCUCAUCCUGUGGAUCUUUCGCUUAGUAAGUGGUUCGAAAAAUGUAUUAAAUGAUGAAGAGGAAUUUGCAAAGCAUACAUCGAUGGCAGCAAAACAUACAAUAUCGGUUGAAAAACUAGGAUGGCAAGAGAUCGAUGUUACUAAUGCGGUUCGAACUUGGCACUCAGAGAAAACGAACGAUAGCCUACGGCUGUUCGUCGAUUGUUCCGGAUGUGGUAAUAAAAUAACCAUCCAUUUGUUCGACGAAAACCAAAGCAAAGUAAAGGAAUCGUUUCUUAAGGCUCAAAAAAUUAAUCCAAAAAAGAAACCUGAAAACUUUAUAGAUUACAAUCGACCUUAUCUGUUUGUAAGUUUGGCAACAAACCAUGUAAAACGUCUUCGACGACGAGCUUUGGAUUGUACCGGUGCUCCGAAUGAACAGUGCUGCAAACAAAAAUUUUAUGUAGACUUCAAAGCAUUAAAAUGGGAUGACUGGAUCAUACGACCUCAUGGAUAUUAUGCUAACUACUGCAAAGGAAGCUGUCUUUUACCAGAUAAAUUCUCGGCCGAAUAUCAGUACGUUGUGGACGAAUAUCGAAGACAAGGUCAAGUUACAGGCAUCCACCAGUGUUGUGCUCCGACUAAAUACUCACCAAUGUCGCUUAUUUUUUAUGGUCCUGAUUCGCGUGUUAUCAAGCAAGAUCUUUCUAAGAUGAUUGUAGAAGAAUGUGGCUGUCCGUAGUUUUUUUUUUAAUAAAUAUUCAAUAGUUAACGUCAAUCCUACCAUAUUUGUAUUUACAACUUUACAAAUAAAAUGUAAAAAUAAAUUUUCCAUUUUUGCUACCUAAACUCUAAAUGAAAUG